AACACUCAAAUCUCCGUUGCUUCAUGAGAAUCUCCCCUUGACCAAAGAUGGGCAGUCGAACGACUCGAUCGAGGAAAGGUGAAACGGAGCAGCAAGUGGAAAAUCAAUCACGCGCCAAGUGGACGGUGUCGUUAACUAAGACGCUUGUGGAUUUGAUGGUUGAAGAGAUUCACAAGGGGAAUAAAUCGAACAAAUCUUUUAGCAAGAAAGGGUGGAAAUUCAUUUGCGACAACUUCCGCAUUCAAACGGGUUACUGGUGGGAUAGUGAGCAGUUGAAGAGCCGUUACAUUGCCUUACGGAAGCAGUACGUUUGUGUCGCUGUGCUGUUAGAUAAUCCCGAUUUCAAGUGGGAUGACGCAACUUGUGAAAUCUCUGCCGUGGAUGAAGCCGCAUGGGAAAGAUAUAUUAAGAACCAUCCGGAUGCUGAGACAGUAAGAAGUAUGGGGUGCCCGAUAUACGAGCAGCUAAGAAUAAUAUUUGGUGAAACGAAAAUAAAAGACAACGAUGAAGGAAUUUCUUCUUCGUUUCCUUGUCCAACGGUAAACGACGUUGUAAAACUUGAGGAGUUUUCGCCUUCAGAAUCGGACAAGUAUAAUAAUGCCGAUUUGCCCAACCGCAAAAGGGGCCGUAAAGGAAUUGAAGAUGCAAUUGCGAGGGGUAUAAUGGAGAUUGCAUCUUCUAUGAAACUGAGGGCAGAAGCUAUAAGCAAGUUCAAUAGCGAGUUCUCCAUAAGUGAUUGUGUUGGUGCGUUGGACGAAUUGCAAGGUGUUGACGAGCAUGUUUACAAUGCCGCUUUGGAUCUAUUCGUUGACCGUAGUGCGAGGGAGACUUUCUUAACUCUACGUGUCGAUAAACGGUUCAUCUGGUUGCAAAGGAAGUGUUUAUUAGCGGAUACUCUUAUUAUGUAGACUUAUCGCAAUUUCUUUGUUGAUAUCGUCUUCUAGGUAUUGUUACUUUGUACAUAAAUCAACCACAUUUUUUUUCAUUUUUUAGAAUGACCAAUUGUUAUUCUUUUUUGAAAUGAAAUUUGUAUUCUUUAAAUCAUGAGGAAUUCAUUUUCUCCCCC